AGAAAGAAAAUUGAUUAUUAUUAAUAAUAUCGUUUUACUUUGAAUACAUGUACCUGAUAUGCAAAGUCUUAUUGUUAAAUGUAUUCAUAAAAUGUAAAAUUGAAAAAAAGUAUUCAAUUGAAACUGCAAAAUAGAGGAAACAUUGUAUUAACCAUGGAGUAAACAAUGUGUAUUUGCAUUUUCUAUUUGGGGACCUGUUCAUUAACUCGUUAAGAUUGUUAGAAACGUUUACUCAAGGUGGUAAAGGCUUGAAAUAGAAUCAGUUUGGGAUCUACAAACAUUUGCAGUUAAAGCUGGUCUGAAUGAAGUCUGUUUACAGAAGAAUCCAUUUAUUUAACAUUUCACCUGUUCAUUAAAUUUGAUAGUUGUUGUGCAAAGAAUUUUAACAACUUUUAACAUUUUAUUAGGAUAUAAUCCAAUGAGUGCGUGUGUGAUAAUUUAUUCAAUGAGUGGACUUUCAUUACAUAAAGAUGUCUACCAAUGUGCUGCUGCCCAACUCUCGUAGAACCAUGAAGAAAGAAAACAACAACUCAGACAAGACCUCGUCUUCUCGGCCAUCUUCAGCCGGAUCUGUCUCAUCAAAGACAUCGUCAUCACAUAAAAGCAAAGAACACAAACAGAAAGACAAGGGGCCCUCAAAGGAGGAGCUAAUUAAGGCAAAUGCUGAACUGUGUAGGGAAGUAGAAUCUCUAAAUGAAGAGAAUCAGCUUCUGAAAUCUACCAUCACAUCAGUCAUUGAUAAAUUAAUUGAGAAUGCUAAAAUAAAAGGUAUUAAAAUACCUAGAGAGAUUGAAAACCCUGAUGUGACAGAAAUUCCAUCGGAAUGUCUCGUUGCUUUGACUGAAAAAAUGACAGCAGAAUCUCAUAAAAGUAAUACUAUGGAAUACAGGGUAGAAGAACUCGAAACUAGGAUUACUCACCUAAAUACAGAGUUAGCAAAAUUGUUACGGACUAGAGUAAAUGUUGAGAAUGGUUUAGAUGAAAUUCUUAAUGACUGUGAUAAUGUUGAUGAGAUUAAAGUGAAAGCAAGGGAACUUAUAAGGGAUAUCAAGGGAAAUAGUCUGUUUACAUUUCUGGACUCACUGCCUUAUGAACAAAUUCAUUUGAGUGUGGAAACCAGUCCAAGGUUAUCAUUAUCUUCUCCUGCACCAGAAAACCAGUCUACCCCUAGAAUCAGCAAACCAAAACCUAAACCUGUGGUGCUUACAAAUGAAAACUUGGACCUCAGACCGCCUUUAAAGAAGCUGGAUGGCAACACACAAAUCAAAGAAAUGCAUAAAGAUUUACGUCUGUAUGUUGAACAACAGCUUAGUCUACCGAAGGGAAAUGGGGCUGACUGGAGGAUGAUGGGAGAUCGACUAGGCAUUCCACAAGAGACCAUCAAUCAGUGGAAACGAUGGAAGUUAGAGCAACCAAUGCACUAUGUGUUACAGGCAUGGAGUUCAAGCCCUGGUGCUACCGUACGACUUCUACAUAGACACCUGGUAUCUCCACAAAUGAGAUGCACAUUACUAGCUAAAAGAAUCAGUGAUUUUUAUCAGGUGGAUUAGCAGUGAAAUGAUUAUGUUAGCCGCGUCACGACAAAACCAACAUAGUGUGUUUGCGACCAGCAUGGAUCCAGACCAGCAUGCGCAUCCGCGCAGUCUGAUCAGGACCCAUGCUGUUUGCUAUCAGUUUCGCUACUUGCUAUAGGGUUUGUAAGCGAACAGCAUGGAUCCUGAUAAGACUGCGCGGAUGCGCAGGCUGGUCUGUAUCCAUGCUGGUCGCAAACGCACUAUGUUGAUUUUGUCAUGUCGCGGCUCAUAUUAUGCCUGUGAUAGUCAGUUUGUAUCUGUGAUAGAUGUCAACAUUUUGUCUCAUUGUUUUAUGUUAGUGUAACAGUAGUCAUGGUGUAACAAACUGAACGAAAUUUUGUGUUUACGCCUAGCAUUUAUGUUUGAAUAUACAUCAGUUUGUAUGAUCAUUAUAUGAUUUUGUUUUGAAGUACAGUAUAUUGAGUUACAAAGAGGUAUUUCAGACAUAAUUAUAAUUAUUAUUAUUAUAGACUUCCAUAUAUAGAAAAUAUUGAACGAGUAUAAGUUCAAUACGGAAUUUAUUGAACAAGUAAAAAAAAUUAUAUUAUGAGAGUCUAGGAAUCAACAAGAAUAUAAUAUCCUACAUGUAUUUAUCACAUACGAUUCAAUUCAUCAGUAAACAGAAUACAUUAAGAAUAUUAGCAUAUUCAUAUCAUGCACCCUCCAAUCCCCCCCCCCCCCCAAAAAAAAAAAAAAAGGGAAACAGAAAAAUAAAUGGACAUAUAUUUCAGACAUGGAACAUUUAUCUUGUUCAGAAGACUUGUAAGCCAAAUACAUCUCCUUCAGCUAGAUAAUUUUUUUAAGGUUAACUGGACUAGGAUAUAAAAAUAAUGCAUCUAUGUAUUGACUUUCAAGACUUUAUUAGUUGUUGAAUUUAUUAAAAUCUUUUAUCUAAAACCAUAGAAAUAGUUAUGAAAUGUUUAUACCAUAUUUCGUUUAAGACAUUUUGUAGUUCUCUACUAGUUAACCAUAUAUUUUGUUUAUUAUAACUCACCAAAAUAAAUAUUGUUCACAUAUUUCUACCUCAGACACCUUAUAACAACCUUCUGAAUGACCAGACUUAUAACUUGUAUCUCUCGAGCAGUAUUUCUUAACUUUUUUUAUUUUCGAGUAUUUUCAUAAGAAUUCCAGUAUAUGUAUUUUGAUGUUUCUUAAUUUUAUGCUUUUUCAUCAAAACUAGAGGUUUCUUUUCAAAUUUGUUGAAUGCAUUAUGCAAUGGUUUACACUAUUGUGAUGGAUAUUAAAUAUUUGUUUGUAAUGAGGUUAUAUAUAAGUUAAAUGAUGUUAAAGUGCAUUGAGGUUAAAAUAAAGUGUAGAGUUUAAACCAUGUAAUGUGGUUAAAACAGACAAAGUGAUAUGAAGUAUAAGAUAAUGUGUAAUGAGGUAAGAACGAAGUGUAAUAAGGUUAUAACAAAGGGUAAUGAUUUUACAACAAUUAAAGACUAAUGAUUUUAAAACAAAGUGUCAUGAAUUUAAAUCAAAGGGUAAUUAGGUUAAAAUAAAAUGUAAUGAGAUGAAGACAAUGUGAGGUUGUUACAAAGGGUAACAAUUUUGAAAACAAAGUGUUAUGAGUUAGAAUAAAGGGUGAUAUGUAAUGAGGUUAAAAAUAUAAUGAGAUGAAGACAGUGUGUUAUGAGGUAAGAACCAAGUGUAAUGAGGUUUUUUCUACAAAGGGUAAUGAUUUUAAGACAAAACUUUAUAAAGUUAAAACAAAGGGUUAAGAGGUUAAAACAAAGUCAACUUGUCAUGAUGCACAUGUUCUUUUGUUCGAGAACGAUUUGAUACACAGCUGACAGAACUAAAUAACAGUGCUCAGCAUAUAACUUUCAAUUUUAUGGACAACAACUUGUCAACCUACCCGAGGAGUACAAAGUCUGAAUUAUCUGAUUACCAAUUUUAAUUGAUUUUAUAAAAUAUGGUUGGUUUUAUUGAUACUUUUUAUUUCAAUUAUUAUUAUACAGCCACAUUAUAAUCCUGUUAAAGAUGAACCCUUUAUCAUAUUAGAAGAAUUAUUCCAAAAUUGCUGCUUCAGAAAAAAUAUAUAAAAUUAUGCUGUCAUUGAUGAGCCUUUUUGUGAAGUGAUUUUGUGUUCCUAAGAAAUAAUUAUGUCACUCUUACUUAUGUUUUACUAACAAACAGUAUUAUAUUCUUAUAUUUAUUAAUAUCUAUAUGCAAUAAUUGAUAUGUAUUUUACUUACCUUUGUGCAUAAUAAAAUUGAGAAUACAAAUUGUUUUUUAUUUUGAAAUGUUGCUAAGGACUCCAACUACAUAGAAGUGCAAUGGAAGAAAACUCACCAGUGUUUGUUCAAGUUUUACAUGCAUCUUCUUGUACAACAUCAUAUUUUAUUUUCCAAUAGAU